GAUUCGCAGAUCUAAACUUUUUAUAUUGGAUAUUAUUUGGCAGGUCAUCAUUGGAACUCUCAGCGUUGAUGCCACGAGAUCCCGCAGCAAAUAAGAAAGCUAUAAUGUACUUGUUAAUUAAUUUAACGUGGCCUAUACUAGCUGAUUUUGAUUUUAAUAAUAUUUAUACUUUAAAACCAUUUUUUAAAAAUCCCACAUUUGGUGGUAUAUGGACGCCAUUGGAUCACUCAGAUGCUAUAGAAAAAGUUCAAGCAGCAUUAAAAAAAGGUCAAAUCCCAAUUAUAACUGCAAAAACUGGUGCG